CAAAACAAUUGAAAUCACAUUUUGUGUCAUUUCUUGUCAUUUAUUUUAUGCACAAAUUGUUUGUCAAAAACUUUAAACAGUUGUCAAUCAAGAAGUGUUUGUUUUGUCGCCGAGAGAUGUUCUCGAAGACCAGCGCUAAGCCAAAUGGCGGCCAAUCGGUGGCCACACGUCUGUACGACCCGUCGAAAGCCGAUUACAAUCCCGUUUCGGACGCCAUCUGGAAAUCGGGCGAAAGAGUGCCGUAUUUGGCCUUCGCUUCCACUCUGAAGAUGAUUGAAGACACUUCCGGACGACUGAAGAUGAUUGAGAUUCUCAGCAAUUACUUCCGUUCGGUGAUCGCCCUCUCGUCCGACGACUUAAUCAAAUCCAUAUACCUUUGUCUCAACAAAGUUUGUCCCGAUUAUGAAGGCCUCGAAAUGGGAAUCGGUGAGUCGUUGAUAAUAAAAGCGAUCGCAUCGGCGACCGGAAGAACUAAGGAUCAAAUCAAAGCCGACAUCGAGAAGAAGGGAGAUAUGGGAACAGUGGCUGAAAUGAGUCGAUCCAAUCAGAAGGUGUUGUUCGCACCGCCGAAGCUGACCGUCGGCUCAGUGUUUGACAAAUUCAAAGCAAUCACUCAAAUGAGUGGUAACUCAACGCAAGACAAGAAGUGUAAAAUGAUUGAGUCUAUGUUAGUCGCCUGUCGUGACUGUGAGGCCCGAUAUCUCGUCAGAUCGUUGGCCGGGAAGUUGAGGAUAGGUUUGGCGGAACAGUCGCUCCUCAAUGCCAUCACUCAAGCGGUGAUUAUGACCAACAAUGAGAAGCUGAAGAGAGGGUCCGAUAAGUUUAAGACACAACUGGCCGACGCUUCCCUUAUACUGAAGACCGCUUACAGUGAAUGUCCUAAUUAUGACAAAAUCAUUCCCGUUAUGCUUAAGGAGGGCAUCGAAGCCCUUCCCACUCAUUGUCAACUGACUCCAGGCAUACCAUUGAAGCCAAUGCUCGCACAUCCGAGCAAAGGGGUCGACGAAGUGCUCAAACGGUUUGAUAAGUCGAAGUUCACGUGUGAAUACAAAUACGACGGCGAAAGGGCACAAAUCCAUUACUUAGACAACGGAAAUGUCUUUGUCUUCAGUCGUAAUCAAGAGAACAAUACCACUAAAUAUCCGGAUAUUAUUAAACGCAUCCCAAAUGCCAUCAAACCUGACGUUAAAAAUUUUGUCAUUGAUUCGGAGGCCGUGGCGUGGGAUCGACAGAACAAACAGAUCCUACCGUUUCAGGUGUUAAGCACUCGGAAGCGUAAGAAUGCCGAAGAGGGAGAGAUCAAGAUCCAGGUGUGUCUCUAUGUGUUUGAUCUCUUGUAUUUGAACGGCGAGUCUUUAGUGGCCGAACCUCUCAGCAAACGGAGGCAACUAUUGAGAGAUAAUUUCCAAGAAUGUGAGGGAGAGUUCACUUUCGCGCACUCGACAGAUGUCAACACCACUGAAGAGAUACAAGAGUUUCUCGAAGAAUCCAUUAAAGACAAAUGCGAGGGUCUUAUGGUUAAGACAUUAGAUGUGGACGCGAGCUAUGAAAUCGCCAAACGCUCCAAAAAGUGGCUAAAACUCAAGAAAGACUAUUUGGAAGGCGUUGGAGACACUCUGGAUCUGGUGGUGAUCGGUGGCUAUCGGGGCAAAGGAAAGAGAACCGGCGUUUACGGCGGAUAUCUGUUGGCCUGUUAUGAUGACGGCACUGAAGAGUUUCAGUCCAUCUGCAAAAUAGGAACCGGUUUUAAAGACGAAGAUCUGGAAAAUCACGCAAAUUUUCUCAACAAUCACACCAUUGAUAAACCCAAGUCUUAUUACAAUUACGACGACAGCCAUAGACCCGACGUGUGGUUCGACGCUGUGAUGGUGUGGGAAGUGAAGUGCGCCGAUCUGUCCAUAAGUCCGGUCCACAGAGCGGCCAUCGGUUUCGUUAACGACGAGAAGGGAAUCUCAUUACGAUUUCCACGAUUUUUGCGCAUUCGUGACGACAAGAAGCCAGAGAUGGCCACCACUUCGGCUCAGGUCUCGGAGAUGUAUAAAAGUCAGGAACAGAUCAAAGGCAACGACGAAGACGAGGAGGACUUCUAUUAAAAUUAAAUUAUUGAUUAAAACUUAUUUUAAAGUCUAUCACAAAUUCAAUGAAAUAAAGUUUGCAUUAAUUUUUAGUAAUUUUAAUGAAAUAAAUUACAAUUAAAUUUUACAAA